AUGCAAGUCCUGCGAGCUGCUGCUCUUGCGGCCCUUUUUGAAAGCGCCUGGGCGGCCGUCACUUGUAACGGGUCGUUCAAUGCUAUCUCAGCCAAAGACUACGUAGCCAAACUCCACCCCGGAUGGAACCUGGGGAAUACCCUUGAUGCUAUUCCGGACGAGGGAUCAUGGAACAAUGCUCCUGUUAAAGAGUCGGUGUUUGACACUGUAAAGUCUGCUGGCUUUAAGAGUGUUCGACUUCCAGUAACAUGGACGCAUCACUUUACUGGAAGUUCGCCUGACUGGACGGUUGAUCCAAAGUGGCUGCAGAGAGUGGCCGACGUCGUUGACCAGAUCACCGCUCGUGGUUUCUAUACUCUUGUCAAUGUUCACCACGAUUCGUGGGAAUGGGCCGAUGUCACCCAAUCCGGCGCUAACAUCACUGAGAUCGAGGAGAAAUUCUACCGACUGUGGUACCAAAUUGGCACAAAGCUGGCUUGCACAUCUAGUUUGGUUGCCUUCGAGUCUAUUAACGAGCCUCCAGUUGAGACCGAAGCUCAUGCGACGGAAAUCAACAAGUUGAAUGAGAUCUUCAUCCAGGCGAUCGGUGAUUCCGGGGGUUAUAAUAAGAAGCGUGUCGUCAACCUUGCUGGAGGCAGCUCAGACAGUGUCAAGACAUCCCAAUGGUUUAAGGCUCCUGCCGACAUUCCCAACCCAUACGCCAUCCAGUUCCACUACUACAGCCCAUAUGACUUUAUCUUCGGCGCGUGGGGCAAAACCAUCUGGGGAUCCGAUGCUGAGAAGGACACCCUGACCACUGACUUCGAACUGAUCCGCAACAACUUCACCGAUGUGCCCUUGGUCCUUGGUGAAUAUGACGCAUCCCCCACAAACACCGAGCCCGCCGCUCGGUGGAAGUAUCACAACCAGCUCGCCAAAGCCGCUGCUCAAUUCGACAUCGCCACCAUCCUCUGGGACAAUGGAUUGGACCACCUGAACCGUGAUGCGGCCAGCUGGCGCGAUAAAGUCUCCAUUGACAUUCUGACCAAAACGACCGAGUCAACCUCCAACAGUCUUCCCGAUAGCACCGAGGAUGGCUCCGCCACUAGCCAAUCCUCCUCGGCUUAUAUCUUCCACAAAUCCGGCACGCAGGUCGCCGCCCAGACCCUGCCUUUCAUCCUGAACGGCAACACCCUCCAAUCGAUCAAAGCCUCCAGCGGCAGCACUCUGUCAAAGGGAUCCGACUACAGCGUUUCGGGAUCCAACAUCAUCUUCUCUGCCACUUAUCUGUCCAAACACUUCUCCUCAUCCACGAACCCCGGUGUCGUGGCUACCCUAACACUCCAGUUCUCCGGCGGCGCCGCCUCCCCUACUAUCCAGCUCGUUCAGUGGGAUAAACCCACCCUCUCAUCUACCUCCGCCUCUGCGUCCUCGGUCUCCGGCUCCGAUCUCUCGAUCCCUGUCACUUGGAAAGGACUUUCCAAAAUAGCCACCGUCAAGGCCCUCACGUCAAGCGGAAAGUACCUGUUCGACGACUGGACCCAAUACCUGGGUCCCUUGCAGCAGGCUAGAACAACAUACUCCGGUCAGUGGAACUGGGAUGACAAGAACGUUAUUCUUACGUCUUCUGCUAUCGCUGCUGUUGUGUCGGCUGGUGAGACUACGACGUUCACGUUCGAGUUUUAUCCUAGGGUUAAUGGCACGGCUAAUACGGUUGAGUUCAAACUGACUGUUUGA